UUUUUUCCGUCGAAAGUCUGAGUCAUGAUUGUUUUGAAUAGAUGAACCCUCAAACCUAAUUGAUACAAAUAAUGAUUACAAUGCUAUAAUUGAGUAAAAUGAUCAAAUUAAAACAAACAACAUUCAUGUCUUUAAAUGCCGGAGAGCUCUGCUUGGUCAUCACAACUUUCAUUUGGAAUCAAAAUAUUUUAUGUUUCGCUAAUGCAACAAGGCCUCCCGGUGUUAGCGACAGCACUUGUUCUAUCAACUCAAUACAGACCACCUCUACUUCAAAGAACCAGUGCUGUGUUCAAAGCAAAGAAUGUAUUAAGAAUUGCACAAACGUUACAUUAAGCACGUGCAAUGCAACACUGAAUGACUCACUUGUCUGUUGCUGUAACUCCAGCGUCAGCCCGCUCUCUGCAAACAAUUCUGCAAAAACAGCCUUAAUACUUUCCAGCGUUUUCAUUCUUCUAGCUAUCUGUAUAGCUUUCGUAGUUGUUGUCUUGCGCCGACGGAAGCGUGCGUUGAUAAAUUCCAGGAAGUACACUCUCAUGGCUCGCUUCUCUUCCACCAAGCAAGCCAAAGACGAGGCCAGAAACACCAAGAAGCCUGUAAGGAUCAAAUCUUUCAGACUGGUUGAGGACCACUGCUACGAGGUGGUUGAAGACAAGCCGCAGUCCGUCACUAGCAUCGACUCAUCGAAGGACCAAUUCAGUCAGUAUUUAAAAUACAUCGAAAAAGAGGACAAAGCCCUUCUCCCUGGCAAUGAAACUCUUAAUUACGAAGAGAUCGAGAAAACACCAAAAGUCCAUAAAGACGUUUUUAACAAUAAUUCUCUCAAGGACGGUACAUCCGAGGACACCAAAGCACAAGCAGUCGCUCCUGGUCCCUUCAAAGAAGUAGCCUCCACGGGUUUUCUGUCGACGCUCCUAAACCGCCAGACGGAGAAAAUAAAGCGCACGAGAACUAGCAGAAACAAGAAGCCAACAGGAUUCGCCCUGAGAAGAACAGCAAGCGAAUGGCACACUGACAGGUUCUCAAAGGACGCCAAGGAUAAAGCGAAAAGCCACGGCGACCUUGCGAAGCUCACUGCCUCUUUCUAUUUCGAGCUAGAGAAAACAGAUACAACAGAAAGUGUGCACGCAGAUUGCAAUCAAUCAGAAAUGUUUGAGAAAGUGAAUCAUUCUGGGGACAUUCAUUAAGACAUUGAUUAUUGAAUGUUUUGAACAUUAUGGAUAAAUAACCUACCAAUCUUUUAUUAUAAAAACAAAACGUAAAAAUAUUUCUAAUGAUAAACAAUAUUGAGGAAGGGAUUUUACUUUUGUCGAAAAACAACAACAACAAAAAAACAACUUAGAAAUAAACUAUUUAAGAAAUUUGAUAUUAUUGUUAAUUUACUUUGCUCUUUCAUUGAUAUUUGUAUAUAACAUAGUGAAAAUAGAAAAUGAUAUUGUUUUCUGUAUCCGUAGUAACAAAUGCUGAAACUAAGUUAUUCUUUUUUUAAAAGCUACAUGGCAUUAUUUGUGCAUGUUUCUCUCUGCAGAAAAAGAUUUUCUAAACAAACUUUUCACAAAAUGUAGUUGGCAACAUUAAAGUUCAACUUAUAAAUAUUCGUGACAAUGUUAAAUUUAUUCCGUACGCUAGAACUAAUUCGUACAAGUGCUCCUUCUUUCCUAGUGCCGUUAGAGAACGGAAUGGGUUGCAUGAAUCAGCCAGGAAAACCAACGACUUGGCAGAUUUUAAGUCAUAGAUUAACGUGAAUGACUAGACUGACACAUGAAAUGCGUAAGGCGUAAUUAUCUUCUUUUUUUAAAGUAACGUCUGUAAUAUAUAAGAUAAGAUAUGGUAAAAAUCCACUAAUAUACUCAUUAAAAAAUUAAACUAUAUUUGCGUAACAAACCUUUGAACAAUGAACACAUUAGAAAAAAAAAACUUAAUGAUAUCUUUCAUUACAACUUUACCAUGUUACACAUUUACUCAAAGCAUAGAUUGUUUUAUCAAUGUAUAUUUUAAAAGACUUAUAUCUUCACAAUAAGUUUGUUCUUCAACACAGGCUAUAUAUAAAAUGGACUUCACAGCUACUACAAUGGUUACACAGCGCACAGCUUUAUACACACUUUAUAAACUUAAUUAUCUUUACAAAUAUAACAAAAAAAUUGUAUACAGUUAUAUACCCCAAAGUAAAAAAAAAGUAUCUAAAUAAAACAAAACUUUUUGACUCUGUGACACCAGUACCAAUACGGACUUAGCUACACUCUGUCUCUGAGUCGAAAAGUAAAAAGUAAAGUUCUCCCUUUUAGACCAUGUGGACUACAGGGCAGAAGAUGGAAAGGUCAUCUAUUUCUGUGGUCCACGGUUAACGAGGGUGUCAUGCGGACAGCACAAUGACCAACCGCCUUUACUUUUUCCCAAGCAAGGUGGACUCAAGGACGCCCUAAACAUUCCUAAAUUAAAAAUCCCUCCACCAGGAUUUGAACUCGGGAACCCCGGUUCGGAGGCCAAAUUCUUUACCACUCAACCUACGCGCCUCCCGUCAGUGUUUAACUGAAUUUAAAAUGUUGAUCUAAUCCAAGAGAUCUGCUUCAUUACCGAAAAAUACUUACAACAAAGAAUCAAGUGACAAUUUAGUCAGUCUAAAGUGUGUCCAUGUUCCCAUGUUCUGUGUGUGUUGAAGCUAAGAGUCUAUGGAGUAUAUUAUUAAUCGUAUCUAAAUGGUUAUGUUAAAAUACAUUUUAAAGAAAAUGUACUAUUUAUUGUGGCUUUCAGAUGUUACUAAACCGUUUGACGAAUUACGAAAAGGAUGGAGAAUCAGUGUUUCUAGUUAUAUUUAUAUAAGGUGCAUAGAACUUAAAUAAUAAUUAUCUUUAAGUGGACUGAUAUAUUAGAUCAGGGGUUCUCAACCUGUGGGUCGCGACCCCCUUGGGGGUCGAUUGACCAUUUGCCAGGGGUCGCCUAAGACCAUCGAAAAUAUGGAUUGUUAUUGUCUACUCUUCUAUUGCUGUAUGUGCGUGUGGGGGGGGGGGUCGCGGCAUAGUGGGGGAUUGUAAAAAGGGGUCGCCGAACUUAAAAGGUUGAGAACCGCUGUAUUAGAUUCAAAUAGAAAUUUAGUGCGGGCUAAACUUUUUCUUAAGAUGUUGCCUGUGUAUCCUAACUCACAAGGUGAAUAGUGAAUAGAUCUGUUUUUUUUUAUUCUAUAUUACUUAUAUAGCCAUUGCAGCGUCCAACCACUGAUGAUUCAUAAGCUACAUAACAAGACGAUUUUGAAAUAAUAUUUUAGCUCAAACAGGAAAAAAAGUCUUUUUGUGUAACGCAUGUUUAAAAAUAAAUAAUUUUAAUUUUCAAACAAUAUCAUAAGCUAUGCAUUUUUAAGAGGCCACUAAAACAUAUCCUGCUUUACCGUUCUUUGUUUUUAAUAUUAUUUUAAUAGUAGAUUUUUACAAUUGUUCAUGGAUAUUCUUAAAUUAUUUUUGGGUAUUGCUUUAUGUUCGCGAAGAAGACUUGGUUUCAUAACCUCAUCUGAAAAUGCCGUCAUUCAAAGUAGCACAUUGGAAUACUUUUUAUUUAGUGCACAUUCGCUAAAUCUGUUAUCGAUAUUCCAUUACAUACCAGCGAGUUUAAAUAACU